AUGGCGGACCUCGAAGAAGCAAUUCUCCAGAUGGCGACUCUCCUGCAGAAGUUAGCACAACCCACUCCAACGCCUAACAACGCAGAGCAAACACUUGAGGCCUUAGCAACCAACAUCAGCGAAUUUUCUUUCGAUCCAGAAAAUGGAGUUACUUUCGAAAAAUGGUACAGCCGAUACGCGGACCUUUUCGAUUCGGACGCCAAGAAUCUGGAAGAUGCCGCAAAAGUUCGUUUGCUGCUGAGGAAGUUGGAUACACCAUCACAUACACGGUAUACCAACUACAUUCUGCCAAAGCUUCCCAAAGAUAUCAACUUUACUGACACCGUCGAAAUCAUCAAGAAGAUUUUCGGAUCGCAAACGUCUGUCUUCAACAAGCGCUACCAGUGUCUGCAGUUGAUGAAAUCAGAAGUCGAAGACAUUAUCAGUUACGGCGGAAAGGUAAACCGUGCAUGCGAAGAUUUCGAUUUCAAGAACAUGAAAAUUGACCAGUUCAAGUGCUUGGUUUUUGUCUGUGGCCUUAAAGCGCACUGCUACACAGACAUACGAGCCAGGUUACUUUCUCGCAUUGAGUCUGAAACAGCAGAAGCUCCCGUUACACUCCAAAAUCUGAUCGACGACUAUCAACGGCUCGACAAUCUCAAGGCGGACACAUCCAUGAUCGAGCGUCAAUCAUGCUCGAAACCAACUGUGCACGCUGUCCAGGAGAAGGGAAAUACUCAUCAGCAGCAGUCUUCAAAAUCGGAAGGUAAAACACCUCGCAAACCUUGUUGGCAAUGCGGCCAAAUGCACUUCGUUCGAGAUUGUCCUUUCUCGAACCACCAAUGCAAACAGUGCAACCGCAGUGGUCACAAGGAAGGAUACUGUAAUUGUUUUUCCAAGAUGAAAUCAGUUUCUUCUGGUGAAGAGAAGAAGUUACCGAACAGACCAAGAAAAUCUGGUAAAGCCAAAUCCCGAAGAAUCUUUAUUGUGAACCACAUCGCUCAACACUCAAGCAAGCGAAAGUACGUGACUACCAUCAUUAACGGCGUGGAAGUCAAGCUGCAGUUAGACACAGCAAGCGACAUCACAGUGAUAUCUAAGCGAACCUGGAACUCGCUAGGUAAACCUUCUAUCAAGAAACCAACGAUUCAAGCCAUGAACGCAUCGGGAAAGCCGCUUCAUUUGUUUGAAUCGGUAGAGCAGCGAAUUUGUAAAUUCAAAACGCAGCACGCAGAAGUGUUCAACGAUUCCUUGGGACAUUGCAGGAAAACGAAGCGACCGGUUCCCUUUAAUACCAUUUCAUUGGUGGACGCCGAACUAACACGGUUGGAAACUUCUGGUAUAAUACAGCCAGUCGACUUUUCCGAAUGGGCUGCUCCUAUUGUGGCAGUACGCAAGCCAAACGGACGGGUUCGCAUUUGUGCGGACUACUCGACGGGACUUAACGAAGCAUUGGAGGCAAACCACUAUCCGCUUCCAACUCCUGACGAAAUUUUUGCUCAACUCAAUGGUAGCACAGUGUUCAGCAUCAUUGAUCUGUCCGAUGCGUAUCUACAACUCGAAGUUGAUGAUAGUUCCAAGAAGUUACUCACCAUCAACACGCAUCGUGAUCUGUAUCAAUUUAAUCGCCUUGCUCCAGGAGUAAAGUCCGCUCCAGGAGCUUUCCAGCGUUUGGUGGAUGGAAUGAUUUCAGAUAUUCCUGGUGUCCGCUCUUUCAUCGACGAUGUUAUCGUAUUCUCAAAGGACAUGAAGUCGCAUCUAGUAUCACUCAAUUUACUGUUCCAGCGACUGAAGGAGUAUGGUUUCCACGUCAAAGCUGAGAAGUGCCAUCUCUUUCAAACACAACUUGCCUAUUUGGGACACAUCGUAGAUAAAGAAGGCAUUCGUCCUAAUCCCGAGAAGUUGAAGAGCAUUGCUGAACUUCCUGCCCCGACAAACGUUCCCGAAUUACGGUCAUACCUAGGAGCGGUCAACUUCUAUGCAAGAUUCGUUCGCAACAUGCACGAGUUACGUCAUCCAAUGGACCAGCUGCUGAAGAAGGAAACAAAGUGGCAAUGGACUCCAGAGUGUCAACGCGCUUUUAAUCAAUUCAAGACAGCACUUCAGUCAAAUUUGCUGCUAACUCACUACGAUCCUAAGCUACCCAUCAUCGUAGCAGCAGACGCAUCAAAUACUGGAAUCGGUGCAAGAGGAACUAUGGGCAACCUGAAAAAGAAGCACUCGCGUUAG